UUCAGACUGAACUACCCGAGUAUCUGUAGAAAAUUUGCUUUCUGAUGUAUACAGCAGUUAGGCGAUAGUAUUGAACAGCGUAUAUAUGUAGGCUAUACCUUUUUGGAGCAGACCUCUACAGUUAUUCAUACACUGGAUGUUUUAUUACUCAGCAUACAGUGUGACCAGGAGACCGCCCUAUGUGUUCACGUUGGGGCGUGGAACCGCUGGUAAGCUAGGAAGCAUCGGAUACCUUGAGCAGAGACCGUGUGACCGCGUAUCCAUAGGAAACAUCACGUGAACGAGAAAAGAUGGAGUUGGACGAUCAAAAAGAUAUUAUAGAGUAUGUUGAGAAAAAUGGGGUGUCCAACCUGCCGUCGUAUCUUCUACAAAGAGUGGACGCAUGGAAGGAAUGCCACUUAAUGUGGGCAUCUUUGGGAGGUCACAGGUGGGCAAGUCUACUUUUGUCAACAUGGUGAGGAACGUGAGUCCCGACGAUGAAGGCAGUGCUACAGUCGGGGGUUUGGGCACAAUCACAGAACCUAUUGCUUACCCACAUCCAUUUAAUUCUAAAGUCAUUUUCUGGGAUUUUCCUGCUCAUGGAUCUCUUCACUUUUCCAAGGAAAAACUGUAUGAAGGUCAUAAACACUGAGGAUUUCGACUUUUUCUUCGUCUUGUUUGAUCGACGCUUUAGCUCACAUGAUGGAUGGUUGACAGAGAUUUUGUCCAAGAUGAAGAAGCCGCUCUUCUUUGUCCGUACCAAAUUUGACAAAGCCGUUGAAGAACAGUGCGGUACACACACCGAAGAGGAAGUUCAUAGUAACAUUUUGAAAGAUGCCCGAAGAAGCCUUAAAGCGUUAAACCUCCACCAGUGCCCUAUUUACGUGAUAUCAAACUUGGAACCCGAGCGCUUCGAGUUUCCCCAUCUGAUGGAUGAAGUCCUACUGGCUUUGCCGUCUCACAAAGUAAAAGCCAUGGUGUUCACGCUUGGGAAUUUUUGCAGCAGCUUCAUUGCGCAGAAGAAGAAAUUUCUGAAAUCCAGGAUUUGGAAACCAGCUUCGAUGUCUGCAGCCGGAGGAGCCAUUCCUAUUCAAGGCAGUGACAUUGUUGUGGACACCGCAGUGCUUGUCAUGGAGAUAGAUUUUUAUAUAAAGCAGUUCGGUUUGGACAAUGAGUCAUUAAGGCAGCUGGCGGAGAGCACCGGCAGUUCAGUCAAAUAUUACCAAGACGCCAUUAUCAAGGCCAAGGAAGUUUGUUUGACCAGGGAUUAUGUGGCGACCGGUGUGAAAGCUUACAUCAGAGAAAGGGCUUCGGGGCGAGAGUACCCCAAAGAAUUUGAUCGGUUUCUGCCUGUCGUUGACACGAUGAUCCAGGCGGGCAGCUCAUUUGGAGCGGCGUACUACAUUUUAGACAAAAUCAUCGACGACCUAUCUGCCGAUGCAGCGCGUUCUUGACCGUGGUCGCGCGGAGACAGGCAGAAAACGCAAUCCAUACCCAGUAGGAAAGCUCUCAAAAACUAGUUUUGCCGACGGAAUUAAGGCGAAAUCAAGUUAACCUCUUCCGUAUUUAAACGAUCCGACAGCGCUUGUCUCCUCAAUUCGUCCCGCCGGCAGCUCAGGAAAGCUUUUCCUGUUAUUUACAUUGUACAGCUGAGAGACUGAAAUAUUGAAGGAGAAAAAUGACUGGUUCGUUCUGAUAGUCCUUUCCCUAUCUAGACGUUCUUCGUUGAAGAAAUUACGAAAGCAUGGCAUUUACUUGGAUCUUACAUCCAUUUGUGUUGAACGUGGGCCCUUAGGAGGACUGUACGAAGCCACUGUAACCCCAAGAACAAGGUUGAGACUAUUUUAUACAUGUUAGUCCACAUCCUAAAUUGCACAUCAAAAAAAAGGAAGCUUAUGUUUCACGCAUGCCAUAAUGGUCAUAUUGGUUUGCCUGUGCGACUUCGCCUCUGUCUGAAAGUACGCUCUAGAUAAAGCCACUCUAGACACAUACAUUGGUCUUGAGAGGCUAAUUUAUAUCACGUAAAAUACCAGCCGAGUGUAACUUUUCUCAUAUGAAAUCGUCCGAAUGGUAGUAUUUAUAGUAUAUUCCAUUGUUAUAUUGAUGAACGUUUUGAAGAGAAAAGAUGUGUGAGUUACCUUUCUGAGGGCGGUGGUUUUCUCGUGUCUAGUUUCCUCCACCGGUAAACCUGACCGCCCCCCUCCCCUUCAUACGAGUCAAAUGUGAUUAGUGUGGCGUUAAACACCAGUUUAAUGAUAAAAUAUUUAAUGUGUAUGUGAUAUAUGCUUGAAAUAUGUGCGACAUAUGUGUGAUAUAUUAUUUUAUGGGUAUAUAGUAUAUCUCCAAUUUCGCAUUCUUUUUACAGAGAGAUCUUUUGUAUUAUUUAAUAUGCUGUGAGAUGGCAACAAAGAGGUCACUGUAUAGCAACUGUUGGUGUAAUAAAAAUGCUGAAUGUAAUGCCUAAUGUAAUGAUGUUUAUACACAAAAGCGUUGUAAUGGCAACCCCUGUACAUAAUAAUGUUAUAAUGUUACGCUACAACCUGUGUAAUGACACCAUAACUUAUGUGAUAUUGAUCCUGAUCUUGCAUGGAUGUCCUGGUGGUGUUUAAUCCUGGUGUGGUGUGGAUGUCCUGGCGGUAUUUGAUCCUGGUUUGG